AUGUCUGAACGACGUUCAGCCAGAGCCACCAAAGGCCAACACACCAACCGCGAGCUCCCUGACGCACCACCUAUUACGAACCGCAAGAAGGGCAAAGCCAAGAGCAAGAAAGCCGCUGCCGGAGACAACGAAGAUGAGGGCGACAAGGAAGAUAUCUGGCGCUGUAUCUGCGGUGCAGUCAGCCAAGAGACCGACGAAGUAGGCGGUGCUAUGGUCUGCUGCGACAGUUGCGAUGCUUGGCAACACAACGUCUGCAUGGGGUUGGACGAGGGUGACGAGCCCCCGACCUACUUUUGCGAGCAGUGCAAGCCGGAAAAUCACACCGAACUCCUCGCUGCCAUCCAGCGGGGCGAGAAGCCGUGGGAGCUGAGGGUGGAACAACGGGACGGGAAGAAGAAGGGAAAGGGAAAGAAGAAGGGCGGCAGGCAGUCCCGGACUAGUGCCAUCAGGGCUGGGAUUAGUGAAGACGGUAGCAGCCCGAAGCCGCAGCAAUCGAGUCCAGCGAUGCUACCUCAAGAGAGUAGCACCCUGCAAACUACGGAAGCUGAUUCUGAAGCUGCAGUUCCGGAUCAGGAGGUACAUCGCGACCCUCACACCCUCCGUCACGGUUAUUUGCUUACAGCGUCGCAGCAGCCGCCACCACCACCACCAGCGCAAGAGGAACAGAUCAAAUACGAACCGAUUGCAGAAUCAGAUGAUCAAGGCAAGAGGAAGCGCAGCCGGUCAUCACACGCGAACGGAGAUGCCGCUCUCAAGCGUCGCAAGCAGUCUGGGGGUAGUGUUGCUGAGGAUCGUAGAGGCAGUGGACAAGGACCUGUCGCGCAAAUCAAGGACCUGCCCACCGAUCGUCAAAAGGUGGCACAACAUCUACAGAAGGUCAUGGCGGAUGGCAUACAGAAGGCUGUCAAAGAUGGCUCUUAUAGAAUCCCGGACGUUGAUUCCAGGGCUACUGUGAGCGAACGUCAUGCGAUUGCUGUUGAAUACGCCAUGCAUGUCCAUCAUGGAGAACGCACACCAGCCUACACCACCCAGUUUAGAUCCAUAAGUGCCAACAUAAAGAUGAACCCCGCCUUACUCAACCGGCUAUUGAACGGCUCCCUGACCGCCGACGAACUGUCCGUCAUGUCAUCAGAGGACAUGGCAAGCGAGGAGCGGCAGCUUGAGGACGCAAAAAUCAAAGAGCAAGCGGACAAGCAGGCGAUGCUCAUACACGAGGAGGGACCACGCAUCCGGAAGACACACAAAGGCGAGGAGAUCAUAGACGACGAUCGCUCGCAGCGCCGCGCCGAGGAGGUGUACCCAGAGCCUCCAGUCCCUCGUCGAGAAUCUGCCAUCCAAAGCGAUGAGGUUAUGCGAGAGGGAAGCCCCAGUGUGGAGCUGCCUGAGGACGUUGGAGCUGUACAGCCCUUGCAUAUCGACACCUCUGCCGCUCACCGUUCUUCAACCAGCAGACCCUCAGCGACUGGAUUCGACAUCACCAACAUAUGGUCGUCGGUCGGUUCGCCAGACGAGCAUCACCGGCGCGCAUCGCAGACGCUGGCCCGACAGAAUUCAGAAGCGAUACCACAUCAGCAGCAGGGAACAGUGCACGACCCAGACAUCGAUAUGCUCCUCCGCGACGACGACAACGACGGCUACCAACCGUUCUCCCCCGCCGAGAACGCCGCCGCACCCGAGAUCUGCUGGUCCGGCCAAGUCACCAUGCCGCACAUCGCCAGUUUCACCGCCAGCGCCCGGCACGUCGCCGGCGGCGAUGUCAGCCAGAAAGUCCCCUGGAGCGACCUCCUCGUCCCCACACCUCUGAGCGUCAACGGCCGCAUCUCCGUGGCCGUCGGCAACGAGUACAUCUCCUCGAUGAAGUUCACUCCCACCAUCGACGUCGCCGUGCUAGCCCUGACCCCCAACCCCUCCGACCGGGACGAAUUCGCCAAACUCUACGACUACUUUCACAAGCGGCAGCGCUGGGGCAGCAUCGGAGCGCACGACCACGCCCUCCUCAAGGACCUCUACAUCAUCCCGCUCGAGGCGGGCGCAGGGCCCUUCCCCCCCUUCUACGACGAGCUGCAGUACAAAGUCAUCGAGAUGCCGCGCCCGGAAAACAUGCUACUUCUCGCGGUGGUUUCUAGGACCGGCUCGCCGCCUGGCUCGAGCAUUCAGACGCCUAGUCGGCCAGAGGUCUCGGAUCCGGCGCCACAUUCGGGUCAGCCUCAGCAGCCGCUGCCGCCAUACACGUUGCUGCCGCCGCCGCAGUACUCACCUGUUGCGGGCCACAAUGCCGGACCGCCUAAUAACCUGCCCCCGAGCUACGGCAGUCCGUACGCGUCGCUUCAUGGCCAACCUCAGCCCCAGCCUCAGCUCCAGCCCCAGCAGCAACAGCAGCAACCUCAGCAAUCGCCGAGCUUCCCGGCCUAUCCGCCCUUCGGCUCGCCGCCGCUGUCAAUGGCGCAGCAGAUUCUAGGCCCCUACAUCGAUGCCCCGGUCGUGCAGAUGAUGAUGGCUAGCUCCGGUGGGAAUAUGCCGGAGGAGCUGCUGCGGAAUCUGCGGGCCGCGCUGGACAAGGUUCCGGCUGCUGCUAGCGACUUUACAAUAUUGCAGCAGGAGUUGUAUGGUGGAGGAGGGGGGAGGUGA